AUGGUCCUGGAUAUCUUUUCAGACCUCAUCAUUCUCGUAAUCCCUGUCCGCUUGAUUUGGCAAAUCAAAAUUCGCUGGACACAGAAGAUUGCCCUCGGCUUCUCACUCUGCCUCACCAUUGGCAUGAUUGUUCUGACCGUUAUUCGUGUCUCUGGCCUUCAUGUCGAGUCUACCUUUGAUAGUGCAUGGGAAGUUUACUGGCUUAUUGUCGCUGGCGAAGUCGGUCUGAUUCUGACCACCGGCACUGCCUUCCGUGCUUUGUUUAUCUCUCGCAACCAGAAAGUAAUGGGACCCCAGCCCCCUUCCGACAGCAGCAAGAUUUUCAGUAGAACAAAAGAAUUAUUGCGGCUGAUUGCAACUCCCAAGAAGUGGCGAACGAGACGCGCUAGCGAGACGAGCGGUGCUAUUGAUUCCGCAGGUGCACAUCAUGAAAUGCAUGGGAUGAUGGCACUGCCAGGAAUCGAGAGAGGUACAAUAACGGGUAUCAGAACCUUCAUCAACGGAAGGAGCAGCGCAUUGAGGGUGGGCCAAGUCAUCAAAAGUCCUGUGGAACAGGAGGAAGACGGAUGGCCUUUAAGUGAACAACAGCAGAGCAUCAAGGUCCAACAUGAGAUUUGGACCAUGAGUGAAAGGGCUGGAAUGCAAGGGUCACAUCCACCCGUGACGGAUCGUGAUAUGGUUUAA